CGACAAUAUUUUGUGCCUAAUUCUCCUAUACAAAUUUCAGAGUUGCCUUCUUGUGGUCACAAAUUUACACAACACCCUAAUCUCAAUUGUUCUUUGUUCUUGUGUUUCAUGUUUCCGUUAAUCCGUAGUUGAGGACUUUAGAUGUCAUUAAUUAACGUUUAAACACAUGCUAAAUAAUUACCUUAAAGUUAUCUUUGAGAACAUUCUCCGUGCUCUUCUCUAGUUAUCACCUACACCUUUGCGGCGGCGGCCACCAAACCUCGCACCACCUUUAACUCUUCUCCGUCAUACUAUACGAUAAGCACACAGCGGCGGUGUCGAUUCAAGCCGUCGAUCUUCGCCAUGGAUGCUGUUGGUCCUCCGCCUGAUCGAACGACUGAAGAAUUACUGCAGAUUUUAACAUUGGACGUGGAUAGCGAAAAGGCACACCAAGUUCAGGAGUGCACGAAGAAGAACAAGCUUCUUGAGAUAUCAGCAUUGCCAUUCUACCAGGAUUCCACAGGGCCUACCAUGUUCUGCAACUCUAAUAGAUAUCAAUCACCAACAUAUUAUUAUGGUGGUUAUGAUGGUUCUACAGCCAGUAAAUGGGAUAGAUAUGUAAUGCCAGGUGGAGCUGAAGUACCUCCCAAUAUGUAUGAUAACUAUCAAACGGGCUAUAGUUAUGCACCAUAUGAAACAUAUUCCCCGUCCUGCUCGAACGUUGGACAUGAUAGCAAACCACAACAAUAUCCAUAUCCCACUAGACAUGUUCAACCUUCUUCAACUAACAACGGGACAUACUCAUGGAACCAACCAACUGAUGUCCAUUCCAAGGUCAUAUCGUCUAUUGUUUCUUCUCAACUACUAUUUCCUGGGGAAACUAAAGGAAAUAAGUAUUAUAAUAGCACCGGCCUUGUGAAUCGAACCAACAUCAUGAAGCCGGUAAGACAUAGUUAUCAGCAUUCUUUGCUGAAAUCACCAGAUGCCUAUGGCUGGGGAAACAAGUCAGCAGCACCACAUUGGUCGUCUUCACCAGCUGCACAAAUCAGCAAUUUCCAUUCCCGAGAAAGCCAAAAUCUGCAGCAUCCUCGACAUGUCAUGGUCUCGGUUUGGGCUGGAAAAUUACACUUCUGAACAGGACCAAAAUCUCAAUUUUUUGGGCUGAUGACUUGACCUAAAUCUAUUUGGUCCAGACUGAACGGUCCAGCAUGGUCCAUCUUUCUAUUCCAGAUCAAAACAUGAACACCCCUCUUUGGAGUUGUAUAUAUGUCUAGACUCUAGAAAAUUCAAUUAAUCCUGAAUAUUUUUAACUAGGGCUUGCAGCAUCAAAGGGUGCCAGCUGGAGUAGGUGGUGGGUACACAAAUCAGAUGAAUCCAAACAAUGGUUUAGGAUUCAAAUCGGAGAGUUAUGGUGUUAGGUUAGGCGCACAUGAUUGUGUGGCUAUUCAUAAUGCAGAUAGGUCACAUGGUCAUAGCAUUGUUCUAUCGAGUGAUAACACUGAAAGUGCGAGUAGCAUAAGUCUGAAUAGAGGGCCCCGUGCAAAAGGCGUGAGGGGUCAGAAGGACUCUGAAGCCAUCAUUCUAGCAGUUAAGGAGCGUAUUCUUAACACUGUGAAGGGUAACAAUGUCAAUGACAAUGAACCUUUACCUCUUUCACCGGGCAGGGGACAAUACAACCGAGAUGAUUUUCCAGAAACAUUCUCAGCCGCUAAGUUCUUCGUCGUUAAGUCAUACAGUGAAGAUGAUGUACAUAAAAGUGUCAAAUAUGGUGUAUGGGCCAGCACCCCCAACGGUAACAAGAAACUAGAUGAAGCAUACAGAGAAGCCCAGAAGAAGCCCGGUGGAUGCCCUGUAUUUUUGCUGUUUUCUGUAAAUGCAAGUGGACAGUUUGUUGGUCUUGCAGAGAUGGUUGGUCCGGUUGAUUAUGAUAAGACAGUAGAAUAUUGGCAGCAAGACAAGUGGAACGGGUGCUUCCAUGUUAAAUGGCAUAUUGUAAAAGAUGUACCAAACAGUAUGUUGAGGCAUAUCAGACUCGAAAAUAAUGAGAAUAAACCUGUAACUAACAGCAGAGAUACUCAGGAGGUUGGGCUUGAGCAAGGUAAUCAGAUAUUGAAGAUAUUCAAAGAGCAUUUUAGUAAAACAUGCAUUUUAGAUGAUAUUGAUUUCUACGAAGGGCGGCAGAAGAUGAUGCAUGAGAAAAAGGCUAAGCAACUCUUGUCAUCAAACAAACAGGAUGGAAAUGUCAAACCAGCCGUGGUAGUGUCAGCACAAAAAGUUGUUGGGGAAAUAGAUACAGAAGGAUUUACUUCUUUAAAUGGAGGAGUGAAGAGACGGGAACAACAAAGAUCGUUUGCAGCAGUUCUGAUUUCCCAUGAUAAUAAAUCACACAAAACGGCCUAGUUAUUUAAACUAGAAUUAUCUAGGUAAUAGGAUACAUACAUAAUAGAAACAUGUUUUUCUUCACGCUUGUUAUGGAUCUAUACAAAUGAGGAUCAUAACAUGGUUAUAAUGAGGGACUGAAAAGAUACAGGUAUACGGCUAAGACCUACAUUAGUACAUUUGAGUUUUUUACUCCAAUUGAUCUGUGAGUUUUGAGUUGUUUUGGAUCAUUAGGUUUUUGUGAUGCUUGUGUGAUUGUGUCCUUACGAUUUUUUAUCAAUAGCCAGCUUUGUGUCCUUGAUAUUUUCAAUUUUCAAAUAAGUUGAAAAUGAAAGUGUGUACAUG